AAUUAAGGUUCAUGCCGGGCACAGGUUUUUUAGGUGUAUGUAUAUUACAUAUAACACGUUUCACAUGGCUAAGGAGUUUCUUUCGGCUAGAUCUCAUACUCCUUAACAGUUGCAGAUUUGACCUUCACUCCUAUCAGUAAACGGAAACAGCAGGAAUCGCGUCAAAAUAGAAUUUGGCAUGUACCGAUUGACUAGAGAAAGCUAGAAGCAUGUUUGGCUUCGGGAGUAUGUACAGCUUUUCUUUUACGUUUACCACUUAAUAUUUCUCUGGCAUCUUCGUUUGCCAUAUGUAUAUACAUAUACUGCGAGUCUGUGACUGAUUCUGUAAAGGACAGGGCCCUCUCUUUAAUUCGCUCCAGCUGCAAUCUCCCAUCUCCUCGAUUUCUUUAGUAUAUGUUCUUUUAGCAUUUCAUCUGAUAAAUUUAUGCCCUACAACGCUAGCACAUUCUGCUUCGAGCUAAGCCUAUCCUCAGUAGCGAGACAAACCUUUGCACCGAAAAGUUCACAGGAAAAGAGAGAGGGAAAAAGAACAGAGAUAACGCGAACAUGAGCAUGAAACUUCUCGGUUGGCUCUUCUUGUCGUUGCUGUGCACUCAGGCUCUGUAUGUUUUGGCUGUUGAAGGCUCAUCUGCUUCCACACAAAGACAAGAAGAAGCUCGAGGUUUUAGCUUGACGGAUGGAUUGCCACAGGGAGGUGGUUUGGUCAGAGACAAGAAACAGGACAUGGCUCCGGUUUCAAGGAAAAGUGGCAAAGGGAAGGGAGCCUAUGGGGGUGCAAACGUUGUUCAUCGACCAAAUCCCAGAGCCUCAGCAGCACCUGCUUUAGUCGGCCCAUCGUUUGUCAUCUCGGUUCUGUUAUUGGUGAGCUUAGGUUUCAUCUUGGCUUGAAAAAAACUCAGUUGUUUUCAUUUUCGUUGUACUAGCUAGAUUUUGUGUUUUGCUUUUUGUUAAGCGUAAUUUGGCUUGGAAUUUGAACAAAUUUUCCCUUUCAAUGUCUAGUAAUCUUUUUUUUUUUUUUCCUUCCUUAAAUAACUUACAAAAGAGAUGUCUUGGUUGUUUGUUCUCAUAGGAUUUGAGGUUUGUAUUCAAGGACUUGAUUGCUAGUUGUUUUGUAAUUUUUGAGAAACAUCUGUCGGAUUACAUACCGAAGCUAUACUCGGUUCAGUAUAAACUCCUCCUUUCCCUUUCUUCAAA